AUACCAUUUCGCCAUGAGGCUGUUCGCAGUGAUUUUUUGGAUAGGCUGGGCCUUUGGCCUAGCGAAUUCCAAGAACCCGAGUGCCGAGACGGGCAGACUGAUAGCAUCUCUACAAGCUGCUCCGGCUCCGGCGCCAGCACAAAGUGUGAUCUACAAGCUGCCACCACAGCACUACUAUCCGCCACCACCGCCGCCGCCUCCGCCUCCGCCACAGCACUGCAAUUGCCCGCCAGGUCCACCGGGGCCUCCUGGACCGCCGGGCUUACCAGGAACGCCUGGUCCGCAAGGUCCCAAGGGACACACUGGGUCCAAGGGCGAGCGAGGAGAGAAGGGAGAACGCGGUCACUACGGACUACCAGGCCAACCAGGUGAACCGGGACCUAUUGGUCCACCGGGACUACCAGGCCCACCCGGUCACAAGUCGGGACAUGGUCACCAUGAUCAUCAUGAUCACCACCAUCAUCAUCCAGCGCCACCGCCACCACCUCCACCUCCGCCUCCGCCGCCUCCACCACCACCACCACCACACUCACACCCGCAUUCACAUCAUCCCCACCCGCCGAUCGUGACGCCACCAAUUAUAGUUCCCAUACCAUUGCCACCGCAGAAAGGUGAACAUGGUCACCAUCAUCACCACAAGGGAUCCAAAGGUCCACCCGGACCUCCAGGCCCACCAGGAACGGGACCACCGGGUCCUCCAGGACCUCCAGGCACUACGUAUCCACAACCCCCACCACCACCACCACCACCGCCACCUCCACCACCAUCGUACCCAUACCCACCGUACCCGUAUCCACCACCUGGUCCUUAUCCGGGACCAUGGAUUCCUCUGCCAGUGCCAGUGCCCUGGCCCUCAAAGGGACAUAAGGGGGAUAAAGGUCACAAAGGAGGUCAUAAGGGAGACAAGGGCGGACACCACCAUCACUAUUAUCCACCAGGACACGAUAAGGGAGGCUACUAUCCGUAUCCACCCCACGGUGGCCAUGGAGGCCAUCACCAUCCAGGCCACAAUUAUCCAGGCCCCUAUCCGCCACCAUAUCCACCUCACCAUCCACAUGAUGGCGGAGACAAGGGUUAUCACCAUUAUCCACCCCACAAUCACGGAGGGCACAAUCACGGGGGACACAACAACCAUCAUCCACCUCACAAUGGAGAGCACAACCAUAAUCAUCCCCCUCACAAUCACGGAGGACAUGGCCACCAUCAUCCCUCACACAAUCACGGAGGGCAGGACCCACAUAAUACACACCCCCACACUGGUACACACGGAAAUGGAGGACACAGCCAAACUUCACACCACCAGCACCCCCAUCAUCAUCAACCAAAACCCACUAAGCCAGAGGGUAGUGGCGAGCAAACUCCACGGGAUGAUCUGGACUUGCUAGAUGAAAAUGUGGAGAUUGUCGAAAACAUAAUUGAUGAAAAUGAUAACGAAAAUAAUUUCAUGGAGGGCGAGGAGGAAAUGUCCAAUGAGCCCAAUGACUUGGAGACGGAACCCGAGGAUGCGGACUACGGCCUUGAAUAUGCAGAUAACACAGUGGAGAAUCCCGAAUCUCCGAGUGGCGCUGAAGAAAUCGAUGAUGAGGAUUCAAGCUAUAUGGUACCAGAAGGAGAUGAUGCGAUGGAAGAGGACCAUAUGAUGGAGGACCAGAUGGACCCAGUGAAUAUGAUGGAGGAUAACGCACCUAUGGAUGGAGAUGCAAUUGAGGAGCGAACCAACAAAGGUCCGAUUAUCCUGUCAAUUGGAACUCCUCGAAAUCCCUUUCACAUUUACGCCUAUGAACAGUAUAAUAUAUAAAUAAGCCAACACCACGAGAAAAUAAAAAAAUAACAUU